UUUGGGACCUCCUCUCAAGUCUCAACAACCUCUCCACUCACGCUCUCCAUCUUCUCUCUAAAAACUAGAAAGGACAGCACCACUAACCAUCGCGAAUCCAUUCCUCUCUCCAAAAUCCGAAAGAAGAACUCCAUCUUCUCUCUAAAAACUAGAAAGGGCAGCACCACCAACCAUCUCGAAUCCAUUCCUCUCUCCAAAAUCCGAAAGAAGAAAAAAGAAAAAUGGUGAUCAGUACCACCAUCUCCGACUCCUCAGAGCAUUUACACGCCACCUUCGCUUCCAGAUAUGUCAGAGAUCCUCUACCAAAAUUUAAGAUGCCGGAGAGAUCGAUACCGAAGGAGGCGGCGUUUCAGAUAAUAAGCGAUGAGCUGAUGCUGGAUGGUAACCCAAGACUGAACUUGGCGUCUUUCGUGACAACUUGGAUGGAGGAGGAGUGUGAUAAGCUGAUGAUGGCUUCCGUUAACAAGAACUAUGUGGACAUGGAUGAGUAUCCAGUCACCACUGAACUUCAGAACCGGUGCGUGAACAUGAUUGCCCACCUCUUCAAUGCUCCAGUGGGUGAGAAUGAAACAGCAAUUGGUGUGGGGACUGUGGGCUCAUCGGAGGCGAUCAUGCUGGCAGGAUUAGCUUUCAAAAGGAAGUGGCAGCAGAAGAGAAAAUCAGAGGGCAAACCCUAUGACAAACCCAACAUUGUGACCGGAGCAAACGUCCAGGUUUGCUGGGAGAAGUUUGCAAGGUACUUUGAGGUUGAGCUAAAGGAGGUGAAGCUGAGAGAGGGGUACUAUGUGAUGGACCCUGUGAAAGCAGUAGAGAUGGUGGAUGAGAACACCAUUUGUGUUGCAGCCAUUCUGGGCUCAACACUCACCGGAGAGUUUGAGGAUGUGAAGCUCCUGAACGAGCUUCUUACCAAAAAGAAUAAGGAAACAGGAUGGGGCACCCCGAUUCAUGUUGAUGCUGCCAGCGGAGGGUUCAUAGCUCCAUUCCUGUACCCGGAUCUGGAAUGGGAUUUCCGUCUGCCACUAGUCAAGAGUAUCAAUGUGAGUGGUCACAAGUAUGGCCUGGUGUAUGCAGGUGUGGGGUGGGUGGUGUGGAGGACCAAAGAUGACUUGCCAGAGGAGCUUAUAUUUCACAUAAACUACCUGGGAUCUGAUCAACCUACUUUCACCCUCAACUUCUCCAAAGGUUCUAGCCAAAUAAUUGCUCAAUAUUAUCAGUUUAUAAGACUCGGGUUUGAGGGUUACAAGAGCAUCAUGACAAACUGCAUGGACAACGCAAAUGUGCUGAAACAAGGACUAGUGGAGACAGGACGGUUUGAAAUUGUCUCCAAGGAUAUUGGGGUGCCCCUGGUGGCCUUCUCUCUUAAAGACACAAGCAACUACACUGUGUUUGAUAUAUCCAAUAAUCUGAGAAGGUAUGGGUGGAUCAUUCCAGCAUACACCAUGCCACCCGAUGCCGAACAUAUUGCUGUCCUGAGGGUGGUGGUAAGGGAGGACUUCAGCCGAAGCCUGGCAGAGAGACUGCUUUCAGACAUUGAGAAAGUAAUGAGGGAGAUGGAUGCAGUCCAGAGUCGGGCCACCACUAGAGCUACCCAUGUGAUAGCUACUGUGGAUGAAACACGGGAGGGUGAGGGUGAGGGAAGUGAGAAGUUGAAUAAGAAGACUGUGAUGGAGAAUCGUGAGGAGAUUGCCAUGUAUUGGAAGAGGGUAGUGGAUAGGAAAAAGACCAGCGGAGUCUGCUAGACCACUCCAAAUGCGUCUUCUAAAUGUUCCUUGUUUGUAUCUGGAGUGUCAGAAAUGGGGAUCUCUCUCUCUCUCUCUCUCUCUUUUUAGUAAGCUUAUUGUGGAAUCUUUCUCAUCUUAACUUGUGCUUAUCUAAAACCAUUUUGUGUUAUUCACGUUUCAA